GGGGAUAGUCGCUCUUUUAUUUUUCUAUCCAUUUGAGAUUAAUAUUAGCACUUUAUCUGCAUUGCGCUCACUUUACGGGCUCUGUACCGCCCCUGCUGUCACUACGCGAGUCCUACAGCCCGAAUUCGGCCUUAUCCCAACCGAUAGGCUCCCUGUACAAUUUCUGGCCCUAUAAUGACAAGAUACUGACCGUGGUGUAUAUGGACGACACUAGACAGACACUCAGGUAGACACGACAUUCCCAAGUCUGUAGACGUUCGUACUGCCAGUUUUCGAAACUACGUAUAUGGCUGGCUUGUAGAGAUUGGAAAAUGAGUGCGUAUCACGAAUCUUACGUGAACAAUCCGCUGAUCAAGGCGCUGGUUUACGGUACGCUGGAUGAGUUCAAGCAGGUUCUGGACCAACGGUUCAAAAGGGUGACCAAGGAGCAAGUCGACCAGGAAACUAGCGGAGCUGGAGAAGAUGUUAAAGCAGAACAGCCAACCGACGACGCUUCUGCAAACCAAACUGGCCCUAUUCCAGUUACCAUUGAGGAAUUGAUUGAGCCAAACACAAAAAUCACACCACUAUGUCAGUUAUCACACAAAAGCCAUGAAGAGAGUUUAGAAAUCGCAAAGCUGCUAAUCGAAGACUACCGACUGUGCAACCCGAAUCACGUUGAUUUAAUAGGCCAGACUUGUAUGUUUUAUGCAGCAAGAGAUGGACGUACUGAGCUGUGCUCAUACUUUGCAAAGAAUGGAUGUAAUCCGAACCACAAGGAUAAAUUGGGCCAAACUUGCAUGUUUUAUGCCGCAAGAGACGGCCACGCCAAUGUACUUGAUAUUUUGAUCUCACAUGGAGCUGAUGUGAAUAUAACAGAUACAAACAAUCAGACUUGUCUCUUUUACGCGGCAAGGGAUGGUCGCGUCGACGCAGUAAAGUUGCUGCUCGAAAAGAAAGUGAAUGCCUCCUGGAAGGAUCACCAAAGAAGAACUGCGCUUACCUUUGCAAAGGCAAAGGGACACGCAGAAAUUAUCGCUCUACUGAAAAAGGGUGGAUCGAGUAUUGAAAGAUCUGGAUCUGGGCUCUCAACUGCCUCAAAGAGAUCGAUUUCUGAAGUCGACAUACCCAUUGAAGCAACUGGACCAACCAGUGGUGUGCCUCUUGUACUCAGCACUGAGGUGCCACAAAAACCUAAACGGUAUAGGCUCCAGUAUCGUCCCUUUGCGGAUGAUGAAAAGUUAUGGCUGGACGCUCCCCUGGUCAAGGUACAGGAGUUUGAACUUCGUUUUCCAGACUUGGCCAAAUGGGACAAGGAGGCUCCAUUUCCACCUGCAACCACACUCAAGAACCCAAUGCUAAAGCAAUGGUAUUCCCUGGCUCAGUCCCUCUUGGCUACGCUGCUUAAACAGGAAGGAGGAUACGUGUUUGACAAGCCAGUUGACCCAAAGAAACAAAACUGUCCAGACUAUUAUGACAUUAUCAAGAAUCCCAUGUCAUUUAGCUGCAUUAGGGGAAAACUCCGCAAGUAUCUUUAUGUCGAGCCGCAGCAAUUUAUCGACGAUGUUCUUUUAAUUUUUGACAAUUGUUACAAGUAUAAUAAGCCGGACACUUGGAUAGCGUCAAUUGGCCACGCGCUUGAAAACUUUUUCAAGCAGCAGCUAAUUGUACUUGGGUUUAACGACUUUUGCACGAGGGAGCAAGAGAUUAAGCGACUUUUGCAAGAGGCUCAGGAUUUUGUGGCCAGUCAUUCGAAUGUCGCUCCAAAGCCUGUUGAAACGGAGCCAACCGUACCAGAUGCUCUGCCAAAGGAACAAGAGGCACCCGUGGAGAUUAAACAAGAUGCUAAUGACGAGGAAACCAAGGCUGCAAAUCAUCCAGAGGAUAGCAAUGCUAUAGGUGACGUUGAUACUAUAGAUUCUACUGAUAAAUCAGUGUAG